AUCUCAAAUACAGUUGGCAACGGAGAAAAAGAACUCAAAUUCAGCAAGAACUAACAUGCUUAGGAAUUUAUUUUGGAACUUUUAAAAGACUCUUCUGCUUACCACCAUCUGGAAUUCACUGCAGGAAUACCAGACAGGAAAACUUCAAUUAAAAGGAGAAAGAAGUAAAUGAGACCAAACUGGGAAUGUUUGAGUCUCUGAAACUCUGCCUUGAAAAGCAAAAUAAAGUUACUGACUUCAGCUUAAACAUUCUGGAGCAUAAAGAAACUUUAAUUUUGAAAUAUUCACCUUGACUACUGAAAUACAAGUUUACAAGAAGAGUAAAGAAACUCGCAGAACACAAGUUUUCUUUAAAUUUAUAAUCCAAUGGGGUGGCUUCAUUGACUACAUUUUUUAAAAGUUGCUCAUCUGUUAACGAAGCCCUGGAUUGUGUGAAGACUAGAAAAUGAGGCUAUUUUCCGGUUGAAGAACCAAGUGGAAACUAUACAGCAAAUUUCAUGUUUCUUUUUGAGAUUUCAGAGAAAAAGGAAAUAUUUAUAAAAUCACCCAAAGACCCAAGGAAUUUGCAUAUACUUUGGAGGUUAUAAAGUGGUCACAGUCUGAAUACCAAAGCGGACUGCAGCUGACAAAAGGACUUCAACACUGUAAACUGGACGUGCCUUUAUAAUGGUAAGCAAUAACAGCUGCAUUUAUGAUGACUCCUUUAAGUACACUUUGUACGGGUGCAUGUUUAGUAUGGUGUUUGUGCUUGGGUUGAUAGCCAACUGUGUUGCCAUAUACAUUUUUAUUUGCACCCUCAAAGUGCGAAACGAAACUACAACUUACAUGAUUAACUUGGCAAUGUCAGACUUGCUUUUCGUUUUUACUUUACCCUUCAGGAUUUUUUACUUUGCAACACAGAAUUGGCCAUUUGGAGAUUUACUUUGUAAAAUUUCUGUUAUGCUGUUUUAUACCAACAUGUACGGAAGCAUUCUGUUCUUAACCUGUAUUAGUGUAGAUCGAUUUCUGGCAAUCGUCUACCCAUUUAAAUCCAAGACUCUAAGAACCAAACGAAAUGCAAAAAUUGUUUGCAUUGCUGUGUGGUUGACUGUGAUCGGAGGAAGUGCACCAGCAGUUUUUUUUCAGUCUACCCACUCUCAGGGUAACAAUACCUCAGAAGCCUGCUUUGAAAAAUUUCCAGAAGCCACAUGGAAAACAUAUCUCUCAAGGAUUGUAAUUUUCAUUGAGAUAGUGGGAUUUUUUAUUCCUCUAAUUUUAAAUGUAACUUGUUCUAGCAUGGUGCUAAGAACUCUAAAUAAACCUGUCACAUUAAGUAGAAGCAAAGUAAACAAAACUAAAGUUUUAAGAAUGAUUUUUGUACAUUUGGUUAUAUUCUGUUUCUGUUUUGUGCCUUACAAUAUCAACCUUAUUUUAUAUUCUCUUAUGAGAACACAGACAUUUGUUAAUUGCUCAGCAGCAACGGCAGUAAGGACAAUGUACCCAAUCACUCUCUGCAUUGCUGUUUCAAACUGUUGCUUUGACCCUAUAGUUUACUACUUCACGUCAGACACAAUUCAGAAUUCAAUAAAAAUGAAAAACUGGUCUGCUAGGAGAAGUGACUCCAGAUUUUCUGAUCAAGGCACUGAGAACUUUAUUCAACAUAACCUACAGACCUUAAAAAGUAAGAUAUUUGACAAUGAAUCUACAAUAUAAGCUGCCUGAAAUAAAACCACUGGGACUUCACUGGACAGAACCUUCAAGUUCUUUCAACUGUGAAACAUGUUUUCUUGGACAACUGUUUCUCCACCUCCAAAAGAAAAUAAAUAAUGUGGACAUUUUCAAGUUAUUAGCACAAAGAAAGUGUUAAGCAUUAAGAUGUAUUCUAUUCGUGUGUACAUUCCAUUUUAUUUUUCGGAGACAUUUUGAUUUGUACCUUCCUCUUCAAUAAAAAAAAAAAAUCCCUAAAAGAGUUAUUCAAAAUCUAAAAGGGACUGAUUUAAAUCAUGUGAUAACAAUGUGUACUGUCUUUGAGUUUCUUGGUAAUUUUAUACUAAAUGGUCUACAAAUACCGAGUUUCACUUAAUACUUAAUAUUUUUAUUCCACAUAUAUCUAAGUUCUAUUUCAGUUUGAAUUGAAACUACGGAUCAUGUUUUUUAAACCAUAAUAUAAAUGAGAAAGGAGAGUAAUUUGAAAUAAUCAGUAUGUGUUUUUGGAGUAUUUUUUGAAAAUACAGCUAUAAAUUUAGUCUAUUUGAGCAUCUAGAGUAGAUAAUAUAUAGUAUUUUGUCUUUAGGCAAUUCUUAAAAAGUAUAUGCUAUCUAAUUCUAUACUAUAGUAUGCUUUAAAAAUCACUACUUUAAUCUGUUUUCUGGAUAUCACAAUACCCAAUUUCAAGAUGAUAUAUGCCACAAAAUCGAGAGGGUGAAAACUUAACAAAAUGUUGUUUAGCUAAGCACAUUUUAAAAAUAAAGUAUUUGUAGAGGUACAAUUUUAAAGUAUAUUUAUGUCAUGAUAAGUAACAUUGUAAACAUUUUAGUGAGAGAAACACCAUAGACAGUGAGAUAGUGAAAUACAGUAGCUGGCACUUAGAAUCUAGCAAUCUAGCUAUCUGCAUAUUACUUCCUCUCCCUCUUUUGACCAUUUAAAGUCAAAUAUUGAAUAGCUGAAUUAUUAUUUCAAGUAGGCAAAAUAUUAUUGUAUGUCAAAAUAAUUUACGAAGUAAGGACAUAUAGUUCUUUACAUAAAAAGCAGCAAAACUACAGGGCCAAAUAACUAAGUACAAUUACAUUUUUAUUUUAAUAAACAUAAAAAAGGUAUCACUUUGUGCUAUAAUUUAGAUAUGAAGUACCAACUACACUAAAACUUUUUCAUUUGCCAACAUACUUUUUUUUUUUAAUUCAAGUAGUUCUCCAUUAACUUAAAAAGAAUGCUUUUUAUUGGAGAAAAAGGACAUAAAUUCAGCAUUCAAGCUAUCUGAUUUUUACACUAUUAUCUUUCAAGUCCUGAAUACAACUUUGGACAAAUACUCAAGAUUUAAAUUUGAUUUUUGCUGUUCUUUGGGUUUGGGCUGCAAUAAUUUCAAACAAAUCAUAGUCAUUUGCUAGAUAAGUAAACCUAUUUUCAAAAAAAAAAAGUGAGGUUUUCUUUAGGGAACUGUGGUUUCCUUCAAACCUACAGCAAAAUAAA